CAAAAUGUUCGGUAACCCAAUCGCCCUCUCUCCCUCACAGCCCCUUCCAAACUCUAGGCAAUGCACGGUUCUGUUUGCCCCAAGUCUUCCAGAUUGUUCCUCUCCCAAAAUCUCGUCCCCCAUUUUUUUUUUUAUUUUUCCCCUCUAUUUCCAGCAUUAUUAUUAUCGAGAAUUUAUUGGUUUCCAAAAAUUGAGGAAUGAGCAGAGCAAUGGUGAUGCAAGGAAAGGGAAAAUACAAAAUAUAAAAAUGAAGAUUAGGAUAUGGUCAUUGGUCAUGAAUCAUGAUGAUGAUCAUGUUAUCAUCGAGAUAAGGAGAACGGUAUGGGGCAGAUGCUGACAUAGCAUCCAAGAGACCGCAAAUCGAGGAAGUUUGUUUUUUGUUCCGAGUGUGUGUCAGCGGAUAUAAAUAGAAAUGGCAAUGGCAUCUCUGAUUCAUGCAGGAUGCGGUUAUCCGCCGAGAUUCAGUAAUAAUUGUAAUAAUUGUAGUUUCAGAAUCGGAUCCUUUGGACCCUUCGGCUCCUCCUCACCUUCCUCGUCUUGCUCCUGUUCUUCUUCUUCUUCUCCCAAUUUGAAUUUCCGUUCCGGAACAAAUAAUAAUUGGAAGCAUCAAGGCCAUAGAGCUCAAGCUAUGAGUACUGCAACUCAAGGAAACUCUGCUUCAUCCAAGAGCAUUUCGAACGGGAAAAAUGAACCUGAUCACCUUCUUGUUCUUGUUCAUGGCAUCUUAGCUAGCCCUAGUGAUUGGACGUAUGUAGAGGCAGAGUUGAAAAGGCGGCUUGGAAGAAACUUUCUGAUUUAUGCAAGUUCAUGUAAUACCUAUACUAAAACCUUUACUGGGGUUGAUGGAGCUGGAAAGCGCUUAGCAGAUGAAGUUCUGCAAGUUGUGAAGAAGACUGAAAGCCUGAAAAAGAUUUCAUUUUUAGCCCAUUCUCUUGGAGGCUUGUUUGCAAGAUAUGCAGUUGCUGUUCUUUACACAGAAAAUGACUCAAGUGGCACCCAGUCUGAUAACUUAACUGAUUCUACGCAGGGAAAUUUACAAACAUCACGCCCUUCAGGACGCGGUACGAUUGCUGGACUGGAGGCAGUUAGUUUUAUUACCUUGGCAACUCCACAUCUUGGGGUGAGAGGGAGAAAGCAGCUUCCAUUUCUCUUAGGAGUUCCUAUUUUAGAGAAACUUGCCCCACCAAUUGCUCCAUUUUUUGUUGGUCGAACUGGUAAACAGCUAUUUCUAACUGAUGGCAAACCCAACAGACCGCCGCUGCUUUUGAGGAUGGCAUCUGAUUGUGAGGAUGGGAAAUUCUUAUCUGCCCUUGGUGCAUUUAGGUGCCGCAUUGCCUAUGCAAAUGUAUCUUAUGACCAUAUGGUUGGUUGGCGCACAUCCUCCAUCAGGCGAGAGAAAGAACUUGUCAAGCCCCCACUACGAUCUUUGGAUGGUUACAAACAUGUUGUGGAUGUGGACUACCGUCCACCAGUUUCUUCUGACGGCCCCAGUUUUCCUCCCGAAGCUGUCAAAGCAAAGGAGGCAGCACAGAAUGCACCUAGCGUACAAAACACAGUCGAAUAUCAUGAACUCAUGGAAGAGGAAAUGAUACAAGGUUUACAGAAAUUGGGAUGGAAAAAAGUUGAUGUCAGCUUUCAUUCCGCACUCUGGCCCUUUUUCGCCCACAAUAACAUCCACGUAAAAAAUGAAUGGUUUCAUAAUGCCGGCGCUGGAGUAGUUGCUCAUGUUGCUGACAGCCUUAAGCAACAAGAAUCCUCUUCCCCAUUUAUUUCUGCUAGCUUGUAGCCUUGAAAUGUAUGCAAGUGCGAUGUGCCAGUGCGCCUGAAGCAUAUUGUAAAACAAAUUACACAAGAUGAAAUGAAGAAAAUGAAAGAUCUCUUAUCACGUACUGAUAUAAAUCCCAUUUCCGUAGGAUUUCUUUGAGAACAUUAAUUGGCAUUUACAUGCUAACCCAUAGGCCCCUGUUAACACAGGAUUCCUUACAUUUUAAGGAUUUUUAUCUUUCCAAUGCUUUCCAAAGCUUCACUGUUGUAGCCAUUAGUCCUGAGUUGCUUUUGUCUGUGUA